UUUUUAUUUUGACCCCUUUAGAUUUCUCCCCAUCUUAUUUCCAUAAGGAGAGGAGAAAAGCAUAUCUCUCUGGUUCCUUGAUUCGGCAUCUCUCUUUCCUCAUCAUACAUUAUCAUUCCCUGCAUUUGUCUUCAUCAACACAACCUCCCAAUAACCCAGAAGCCCAUUUCAAAAUCACUGCUUCAGAUUUUCAAUAUUUGUGAAGAAUUCUUGUUUAGUGUUUUGCCAACAAACAAAAAACAGUAAUUAUUUCCCAUUCCCAACUUGGGAAACAUGUCAACCACAACCUCAUUGCGGCUCUUGUUGUCUUUCUCUCCUCUUAAACCUUCUUCUUUUUCUUCUUCUUGUUUUUCCUCCCCUAGCCUUAGUUUUACUCUUUCUCCUGCUUUCCCUUCUUCUUCUUCAUUACAGCGCAAAUGGGGAUCUUUAAGUUUAAAGAUUGGCGCAAAUCUGAGGAGCCCUGAGAAUAUGGACAAUGGAAGGACAGGAAUUGAAAAUGUCACUGAUAUAUUUGGUUCAGAUGAAGAAUCUGGCAUCAAAAUUCCAACACAAGCACAAUCUAUUGUGGAGGGAUCAAGCACAGUUAUGGUGUCAGAAUUUAAACCUGCCCCUGAUGUCGAUUACAUACAGGAGUUAUUAGCUAUCCAGCAGCAAGGCCCAAGAUCAAUUGGAUUUUUUGGAACCAGAAAUAUGGGAUUCAUGCAUCAAGAGCUAAUUGAAAUACUUAGUUACGCUAUGGUCAUCACUAAAAACCACAUAUAUACCUCUGGUGCUGCAGGGACUAAUGCUGCAGUCAUUAGAGGCGCUUUAAGAGCUGAGGCACCAGAAUUGCUUACUGUAAUUCUACCUCAAAGUCUGAAAAAGCAACCCCCAGAAAGUCAAGAGUUGUUAGCUAAAGUGAAGAAUGUCAUUGAGAAGCCUCACAAUGAUCACCUGCCUUUAUUAGAGGCUAGCAGGCUAUGCAACAUGGACAUUAUCUCACAAGUUCAACAGGUCAUUUGUUUUGCUUUUCACGAUAGCAAAUUACUCAUGGAAACGUGUCAAGAAGCAAAGAACCUUCGGAAGAUUGUAACUCUCUUCUACUUAGACUGAAGAAAUAGAAACCGAACACUUUUGUGUCUGUCCAUAGAUUAUUCUUUAAGUUGGAAGAAAGAUCUCUUUUGAACAGGAAAUCAAUCGAGUAGAAUCAGGCCGUGAAUAUGAAUAUCUGGAAGAGGAAAGCUUGUUUAGCAUUUUAGAGUAGGUAUACAAACAAUUCAUUUUUCUUUUUCUUUGCAGAUUGUUAUAUUUGAAGGAACCAAUUUGGUCCAUGCCCAUAUAUUAAUUCGUAAAGUUUACUGUCA